AUGGCAGAACUUGAAUGGAAAAUACAGAUAGUAGAGAUGAGAUACUUCUGUAAAAUCCUGGGCAUCGCCUACUUCGAUCACAUCACUAAUGAAGAGGUCCACAACAUCAUCAUCCAAUGCACUGGGUCAUAUAAAGACCUCCUGACAACCAUGAAGAAGAGCAAGCUGAAGUGGUACGGCCAUAUAUCGAGAUCAUCUGGCCCAGGGGUCUCAAACACACGGCCCGCGAGCCGGGGUCCUCCAGGGCCCCAGGGCAAACCAGGUCUUCCUGGAAGAGAUGGGCUUCCUGGGAUGAAAGGGCCCCAGGGUGAAAAAGGCAACAAGGGGGAGAGAGGGGAGCCUGGACCACAAGGCCUGCCUGCUUCUGUCGAUCCUGAAUUGCAAGAAAGCCUCCAGGUUUUAAAACAUCGAAUUACCAGACUGGAAGGAGUCCUUACUUUGGAAGGAAAAAUAACAGAAGUGGGGGGGAAAAUUCUCGCAACCAAUGGGAAAGAAGUCAAUUUUGAAACCACAUUAAAAGCAUGUGAACAUGCUGGUGGCUCCAUCGCCACCCCCAAGAACCAGGAGGAAAACGAUGCUAUUUUGGAUAUUGUGAAACAGUUUAACAGAUAUGCUUAUCUGGGUAUAAGGGAGAGUGAUGUUCCAGGUGAAUUCCAGUAUCUGGAUAGGAAACCUCUGGUUUAUACAACUGAAUCUGGAUGA